UAUAUUCCAGAUAAGUAUUUUAAUAUAUGAAUAUAUAUCUACAAAGCUAGAUGAAUCACUGAAUGGGAGAUAAUGCUUCUUUAAACCGGGUUGUAACGACAUUAAAAUAACAUGCUACGCAGGGUUUAGGAACGCAACUUUUUUAUUUCCGUUUUGCACAAGAGCUAGAAGAGUAAAGUACAAAAUUAAGAAAUGAUGAAUCCUGUUGUACAUUUAUCACCAUGUUGAUCUAACACAAGAUAUGGCAUAUUCAGCCAGGGAUAAUAAGGUGAAUGUCAGACAGCCAGUGAACAUCAUUUCUUGACGACGGCCAUCAUGGGUGAUUCCUGUCUCUGGCUGGCCAACACCAAUGGUAACGUGUUCACCAUAUCCACACGUCAGCAGUGUCUCCGGCAGCUUGUCAAGACAUACAGGGAUGGCGUGAAGCUGAAAUGUAUUGCUGCACACUGUAACGGUGCUUGGGGCAUCGGUCACGACCACAACGUUUAUGUCUUCGUGCAGUCAUCGGACGUUCCUAUUAGGGUUCAGGAAACAACCUAUGAAAACCAGCGAUGGGCACCACUGCGUGGAUUUCAUCGGUCCCACUUGUUGCCCACUGACCGAGGUGGGUGGUCAGAUGAUGUGGGUGAUGGAGAUCAGCCAAGAGAAUGUUUCCAGCUUCCCUCGGAACACUGGGAGUGGGAGGGAGACUGGACAAUAGACAACAACUUCCAGGGGGAGGUGAUACCAGACCCAGAGGGCUGGAUGUAUGCCACAAAUUUCCCUGGACCAUGGUUACUCCAAUCCAAGUGGAAGUCGUGUGUCAGACGACGGAAGUGGAUUCGAUUCAGACGCUACACGAGCACUGACGUCUGGGCAUUGGUGUCUGACACGGCAGUGAAGGACAGUGGUGAAUGUUUUAUUCAGAUCGCUGUUGGAGGGUUCGACAUGCCGAAGCAGCCUCCAGGUCACUUGUCAGUGUGGGCGAUCUCCAUUACCGGUGAUAUCUACGUGAGGACCAAUGUGACGCGGGACUGUCCCGAGGGUGAAGACUGGCAGCGUCUAAACACAGACACACUGGGAGCGGUCGACAUCUCUGUGGGUCCGACCGGUCAGGUGUGGACCGUCACGUGGGAUGGACUGGCCAUAGUCCGACUGGGCAUCAACAGUGAACAUGUUUAUGGAACGGACUGGGUGACUGUUUCCUACCCUGAUAAAGACACACGACUGAUGCAGCUGGCUCUUGGGUUGAAUUCACUCUGGGUUCUGUCUCGUGAGGGCAAGGUCUGGUUUCGGAAGGGUAUCUCAGGAGGUGAUCUCAGCUCGGGAAAUCUGUCGUCGGUCACAGGAACUGUUUGGAUUGAGAUGGUUGGAGAGAUGUCGUACAUCACAAUAACACCAAAUGACCAUGUCUUUGCCAUUGGAAUGGAUGACCAAGAAGUAUACUACCGAGCUGGAGUCACAAACAGCGAUCUCGGCGGAAAAUCGUGGCAGAAACUGCAACUCCAAGAAGACAUCCGCGGAAUAUCAACAGGCAGUACUUCGAGCUGUAUGUCUGAGAUGAGAAACGACUCGGACUUGGACGAAUCUGAUUGUUGUUGUUCCGACAGUGUCAGUGUGAACAGUGAAGUGAGGAGUACGCCGAUAUGCGAUGUGGUGCCGGUAUUCAGUGUAGUGAAGAGUGAAAUGGAUGGAAACGAACAGCCGAUGCAGCAUGGUGGGAUAAAAACAUUUAGCCUUCCUGUUUUGUCUGCUGUUUCAAAGGAAUGCGAUUUUCAGGUCUCACCAAGUGAAAAAAAUAAAGGUGAUAUUUCAAGUGUUGGUACAUGUGGUGAUAUUACUGAUGGCAAUUUCCAUGUUACACUGAAUAACACUGGUGAUAUUAAUCCAGGCGAUGCCAAAGUUGACUCAGUAAUGCAAACAGAUGAUAAAAUUGGAAACAUUUUGAAACAAUCAGAUGACUUAUUUCAGGAUGGAGAAGGUGUAGACAAUCAUUGUUUAAGCACACCUGAUGUAAAUGAAUCAUAUGAAGUAAAGAAUGAGUCCCUGACUUUGCCUGAUAAUGACAAACUGAAGUUAACAACCAAAGACAGAAGUACGUCACAGAGUUUAGUUAAUGACAGCGACUCAAACAUGUGGUCGCCAAGGUCAUCAGAAAUAUUCAACUUUGUGACAGAUUUAUUAAACAGUGAACCAAAUGAGACCAAUCAUGACGCUCCUGAUUCAAGUGAUCGCAUGUGUCCAGAUAAAAUUCAGAAGAUAACUAACAGUGGUAAAUGUAGCACUUCAUUAACUCAAGGCAUUCAAUGUUCUAAUAACAUUCCAAAUAACAAGAUGGCAGCUACUCACAGAACACCAUACUCUGAUGCUAUUCCAAAUGACAAAAAGCCUAAUUCCGGAAAUCCUUGGACAGAUGUUAUUUCAAAUGACAAGAAGACGACUUCAAGUUCAAGUCACGAUAAUCAAGCAGCAAGUAUUGGCUGGGUUUCCUUGCUGCCUAGUGAGGCAUACACUGGUACUAUUACAGACAACUGUGAGACAUCGAUGUCGAAGAACCAGUCGAGCUGUAGGCCUAAGUCUCUGCAGUCUAAUGAAGGACGGGAUGGUACAGCAGCAGUUCCCGAGGAAACCCUGAUGUCGGAUCACAGCGUUGUUGAAAUGUUUGUGUUGACACCGGCUAUGCCUCGUUACUGCUGGAUGCAGCUCAGUGGUUUGGCCUGCACCAUCAACAAUCCGACGAAGGUCUACUGGUUACAGCCGAGAAAAGAAUCGGAGUCUGGCAAAGACUUGAAGUCUAAGAUUAGCGUGGCGAUUAGACAACAAAUCUUGAAGCUGCUGCAAGAAAGAAACCUCAAGGAAACGGAGAAUUUUCAGUAUUAUGAGAGUGCAAUAGACAAGUCUUCGUGGGUGAAGAAAGCAUCGAUGCAGUGGUUCCACUUUGGUCGCCACGCUGGCUGGCUGCCGUGCACGGUCGAGUUGGAGGUCGCUUUGAAGGAAGGUGACACAGGAUUGCUCACCGUUCACUACAAGCACAGAAGAAAAGAAAUGGAUGUGCAGAUUUUAAUACAGGACAUCGUGUGUGUUUACCGAGUGUCCACUGCCAACCAGAGCACAGUGUUUGCUGUGCAUACAGCCGACACUGUGAAAAUAAUCCGACCCUACCUGCUUAGUCCGUCUUCUGAAGUGGAGGCAAACGAUUGGGUGUCUGUGAUAUGUGGUGCGAAUGCCUCUCUUUGGAACCUUCGGUCAGCUAUCCCAGUAGGCUCUGUGUGGUCAACAACUCUCCGCGGAGACACGUACAUCCACCGACCUCCGACCUGCCAUGUGAAAGCCAAUGAGAUGUGUUGGAUUCCUGUAGGAGGUCAUCUUGAGUAUAUUGAAACAUCUCCCUGUGGGGUGACCUGGGCGCUCGGUUACAACCACACUGUCUGGUUUUACAGUGGAGGAUAUGGAGGGGGAGUUUUCAAAGAGCAGUCUGGAGUGUCGAAAGACGUUCAUCUGCAGACUGAUGUCCGGAUGAUGUCUGUGUUUGAAAACCAGAGGUGGUAUCCUCUUGUCGGUUACUUUGGCUGCGGACUGUUGCGAGAGACCUAUAACGAUGGAGCUAGACACAGGGAACAAAACAAAGAGGACGUGAAACUACCAUCAUCGUUGUGGCAGUGGGACGGAGACUGGUGUAUAGAUUACAAUGCCCAAGGUGGUGUGGAUAAUGAAGGCUGGCAAUAUGCAGUGAACUUCAGACAGAGUGCGUUUCAUGUUCGGAAAGGAUUAACAGACAGAGCGCGAAGAAGACGCUGGGUGAGGAAAUGUAAGCUAGAAACACUGGGACCGUGGCUACAAGUUGGACAAACAAAACUGAGCGACAUAUCAAUACAGGUUGAUCAACCGUCAUCCCCAUCCGACCCCUUGGUUGUCUGGGCUGUAGGCACCAGAGGGAAUCUUCUGUGCAGGAUAGGGAUCACGAGAGAAAAACCUCAGGGUGAGAGCUGGGUUCACAUUCCAACAGAUCAUCUCUUUCACACCGUAUCUGUGGGCGGAGCCUAUCGGGUGUGGGCGGUGGCUAAGGAUGGAUCAGCUUGGUACAGAACAGGGGUCAGUCCGAAUAAUCCACAAGGUUCCAACUGGCUGCAGGUCGUCUUCCCACCAGAAACUGGUGCUGCUCUGUCACGGAUAUCGGCGGGCGGGACGGCCGUGUGGGUGGUCGACAGAAAUGGUGCAUUGUGGUAUAGGAAGGACAUAACAGCCACAUUCCCUGAAGGCACAUCAUGGGUGCAAAUCUGUGACAAAGUUCUCGAUGUGUCUGUUGGACUUAGUAACCAGGUGUGGAUUGUUGCUAAUGCAAACUUCAGUCGUAACAAGUACAGCAGAGGUGUUGUAUACAGACGUGUUGGUAUAUCAGAACAUUCGCCCGCUGGUACUUCAUGGGAAAUAAUUAUUGGGAGUGGCUGGAACCACGUUUCUGUCAGAGGACAGAUUGAGAAAUACAAGUCAGACAUGUUAUAACAGACACUUUGUUUUGCAACCACCUGUCUGGAGAGGACACAUUACAUCUACAUGUAUUCUGAAUAUCUUUUAACCUCUUUUGUAAUAAAGACUGGUCUGUGUGGACAACCUGAUAGUAUUUUAUAGCUAAAAAAUGCUCACAUAUAUAUACAUGUAGGUAAAUUAGGUGAUCUUUACAUGGCCUAAAACACGUGUUACAAUGUACGGGGAACCAUUUGAACAAAAUCUGGUAAGACUAAUGAGCGAUAAGUUUUAUGUAGGGAUAUGAUGUUAUUUGUGUACCCUAAAAGUAAAAGUUUAACUUAAAAUAUAUUUGCUGCAUUACCUUUGUGUUGUACAAAUAAUUACUAUAAUUCAGGGGUGGGAAUUCUCCUCGGAUCCACGUUUUUUCUCCCAUGGAACAUUGCAUUUCCUCGCAUUUUAAUCAUCCUUUCCUCCAAAAUGUGUCGGAUGGCACAGAUUUUAACCUAGGAUUUCAAGAAUUCCCGGGACCCCUCUAGAUUUCCUUUUUUUUUUUUUUUUUACAGUUCACCAUUUCCCAACCCUGAUAAUUACACUGUAAAGAAAUGAAUUAAUUUUGAUGUUAUGUUUAGCUCUUUUUUCCUACUUGUUACAUUGUACAUGUAGGCCCAGGUUCCCGCAACUACUGGGGGGUUUUGUUGAUGGUAAAUUAAUGUAAUUUCUGUGAUCAGUCUUUACUACAUGCCCUGGGGCGGGACGUAGCUCAGUGGUAAAGUGCUCGCUUGGUGUGCGGUCGGUCUAGUAUCGAUCCCCUUCGGUGGACCAAUUGGGCUAUUUCUCGUUCCAGCCAGUGCACCACGACUGGUACA